CGAGGAUUGGGCGCUGCACUGUACACUCGAAUACCUCGUUUCCUUCACGUUCCAAGCUCGCUUUCGUGGGCCCCUUCGUCUCACGCCAGCGUUUGAGACGCCAUUUCCCAGCUUUGUGGGGCUAUCACAGGUCACACGACCAACAUGUGGCAGAAACGCGCUCUUUCCGCCUGUAUCACCUCGAAUCUCGAAGUAGCGCUCAGUGUCAGAAGAGCUCGAAUCCCCUUGAUCCCGGGUGCAUAUUCCCACUCGAGCUUCAUUGAUACAUACAUAACCAGCACGCGUGACUCCAGGGACGGAUCGCCUGCUUUUGUUCUUUCCCUCUUCCAUCCUCGCUUCCGUCUUCAUCUUCCUCCACGACAACAGCCAGUCUGCGGUCGGCUCUCCCUUCAACUUCGCCCCGAUCCUUCGUCCUUCCGUCCGCUUCUUCUUCGCAAAGUCCUUUCGGCCCACGAUGGUCACGCAAAACCCCCUUUUCCGCGGCGGGUGGACGAUCAAGAAAUUCAAUGCAACGGUCAUCAACGACAUAUGGCCCGAGACGAUGUUCUUUACACUUGUCGCUACGAGUCCGUCUCCUCUACGUCUUACACUCGUCUCAUUGCGGCUGACGCGGGUCCCGUCAGUGGUGGCAGUGAUCACUAAAAUGAAGAUAUACAAUCUGUCCGUGAACAGCAGUCUUCUGACGGUCUUGGGUACGGUCUUGGGUCUAGUUAUCAGUUUCCGGACAUCGUCUGCCUACGAGAGAUACCAGGAAGGCCGCAAGAUGUGGACCAACAUCCAAAUUGCAUCGCGAAACAUUGCUCAGAUUAUCUGGAUACAUGUCCCGACUGAUCGUGUCGACAAGGACAAGAACCAGCUCACCACCGUGCAAAGCAUUAUUGAGAAAAAGUCCAUGAUCAACUUGGUGCAAGGGUUUUCCGUGUCCGUCAAGCAUUUCCUUCGCGGCGAGACUGGCAUCUACUACGAGGAUCUCUUCCCGCUCAUCUGCAUCCUACCUCGGUACGCUAGCACAGGCGCUGGUGCUCCAGGGGCCCCGAAGACCGAUGCGGACAUGCUCCCGCUUUGGGCCGCCUCCGAGGAUGGAGAACACUGUCCCCUGCGCGACGCCCCGCCGCCCUCGCGAUCGACCACUCUCUCCGCCACAGCGGCACCCUCGCUCCACUCAGAGACCGCCAAAUCGCGCAGCUGGUUCGGCUCGGCGAAGAAACCGCGGGUGUUCGACCCCGAGAAAGCGCUCGCGGAUGUGCAAGCCCAUCGCGAGCUCAAGCCGGCGCGCAACCCCCCGCCGCUGUCGUUCUUCGACUUCUUCCCGUUCCUGCGCAUCUUCGCUGUCUUCACCAAGUGUUUCGGCCGCCGGGGCAAAGCUAAGGUGGAUGCCAUGGGCAGGAAGAUCAAGCCUGCGUUUGCAGAGAGCAAUGUCCCGUUGGAGGUCACGAUCUACUUGAACAACUAUCUAGCGUACCUCCUCCGCAACGGCUGGCUGCAACCUGCCUUCGCCACGGGUAUGAUGAACAAUGUCGCCAGUCUCCAGGAUACGCUUUCGAAUCUGGACCGCAUCGGCUCUACACCGCUGCCGUUUGCCUACCAGGCCCAUCUGCGCAUGUCCCUCUGGCUAUAUCUCUUGCUGCUGCCGUUCCAGGUGGUCGGCCCACUCGGCUAUCUGGUGAUCCCGGGCACGGCAUUCGCGUCGUUCCUGCUGCUCGGAUUCCUGGAAAUCGGACAGGAGAUUGAGAAUCCGUUCAAUUACGACCUGAACGACCUCGACCUCGACGGCUUCUGCCUCGCCAUUCAACGUGAGCUACACGAAGUGACAGCUCAUACGACACCCGACCCGAGCUCAUUCCUCUUCACGACCUGGAAUCAGCCAUUCGCUCCGGCGGACCGGCGCAGUGCGGAGGAGCUGGUCGCGCUCCAGCCCGACUACGUCCACUCUGAGCACCCGGAUUCCGAGCCUGGGAUGGCCACGAUCAGAAGAACGCUGCUGAAGAACUGGCGCGAUGUCGAUCGCAUGACCCGGCAGUAGUAUAAAACAGUGAGCUCACUGGAUGUCAGCGGGUCUGGUUACCCCGAGGAUGUUCUCAGGAUUGUAUCAGCGUGUAAAGUACAUGUACACAUCUGUAACUGAUUGUGAGAACAGCAAUGUCAUUGUACUGCCCGUGUAUCACUUACUCCCAAGUUGCAAACCAGUUAUAAUAGGCGUAUAUCAACUCUGGAAGCAAACUAUUUU